AUGGCGACGGCGACGGCGACGGCGACGGAGGAUGGGUUGGUGAAUUUUGAUGCGUUGGCGACGAUGGAGAGCGUGCGCGAGCGACGGGGGAGAGAUCUGCGGAUCGAAAAGCUGCGAGAGGAGGACGAGAACAGCGAGCGGAGCGAGCGGAGCGCGGAGGAAGGGAGCGGGCCGGGGACGCCGACGGAAGCGGCGCCGAUGCGGAGCGUUCUGACGAGGAAACCGUCCGUGGCGGCGUUGAAAUUAUUCAGUUCGAUGGAUGUGAACGAGAGCGAGGCCGAGAGCGAGAAGAUGGACGCGGAGGAGGGAGACGAGGACGUGUGCUCGUUGAGCGAGUUCGCCAUGGUGCUCAACGUCGCGGCUUGGGAUGACAAACUAGCCGGUCAACUGAACGUGGACGUGAUCGUGAAGCAGUUGGAGUUGCUACGCGGGACGGUCGGGACGAACUCGUCACUGAGCGGCGUCUUGGGAUUCGACGUGCAUAGGGAUUUGUCGGUUCGGGCGGAUACGGCCGGAUUCGUGAGUAUUGGUUCGAUCGCAAACGUGCUGUAUCGAGGUAUGGCACGUGCGCGAUCAAUGGCGGAUAUGAGCGACGACCUGGACGCGUUUGAGAACCUGUUGUACAAACGAGCGGUGAAGAGCAUCUCAACGGUGCUCAGCAGUGGUAACGACGACGGUAUCGUUACUUACGUCGAUCUCAAGGCCAAGUUGAAGUACUUUGGCGUGAAGUCUAGCAUGACGGACAUCAUCUCCAUGAUGAGUCAGGCCGAUAUCGAGGGCUCAGGGGUGGUCAAGGUGAGCGACCUCAGUAGGCUCUUGGCCAGGGAACUUGGGCAGUUGCGACAACUGCUCAAUUCGAAGACAGAGGGCAGCACGAACUCGAAGACGAGAAUUUCUUUAGAAUUCGCGCGCGAUGGGAAUUCGCGCACCGUCAGAGAUUGUCUUCUCAACGGUCAGGCGGCGUACGGCAUCCUCCAGAGGUUCCCCACGGCACGUCCCAGUCGAAAGAAGCCGGGCCGUCUCAAAUGGUCGGAAGACGAAGAUAUCGCCGCCGUGUGCCUGUUCGAUAGGUCGGGCACAAUGAUGAUUCAGGAACAGGGCGAACUCGUGACUCUCCCUACAAAACUAGAUUAUUUCACCGACGUUCACAGGAGCAAGGACACGCGAACCAUCGUCGAGCUUCCACCAAAGGAACCCUCGGAGGAGGAGGAUCCUCCACAGGGAUUUGCGCGGAUAUUCGCCUGCUGUUUCGCACCCAAGGUUGCCUAA